AUGAACAGUGAAAACUUCGCAUUGAGCGAGAGGCUGGUGUCGGCGUCGUACGUCCGCCAAGCGUGUCAAGCUCGCCGGAGCCACGAGCAGCUCAUCAGGCAACUACUGGAGCAGGGGAAGUGUCCGGAAGAAGGUUGGAGUGAGAGCACCGUCGAGCUCUUCCUGAACGAGCUCGCCGUUAUGGACAGCAACAACUUCCUCGGCAAUUGCGGCGUAGGCGAGCGGGAAGGCCGCGUGGCCUGCGACGUGGUAGCCAGACGACAUUACAGGUUGAUCCACGGCAUCGGACGGUCAGGUGACAUCGCGGCGGUUCAGCCCAAAGCUGCCGGGUCUAGUCUGCUCAAUAAGCUGACCAACUCGCUCGUACUGGAUAUUUUGAAGAUGUCAGGCGUGAGGAGCGUGAAGAGCUGCUUUGUGGUUCCCAUGGCGACCGGCAUGAGUCUGACUCUGUGCUUCCUGACUUUGCGCUUCCGCCGACCCGACGCCCGCUACAUCGUCUGGCCGCGCAUCGACCAGAAAUCCUGCUUCAAAGCAAUGAUCACAGCAGGCUUCAUACCGGUCGUGGUGGAAAACGUGCUGGAGGGCGACGAGCUCCGGACAGACGUGGAAGCGGUGGAACGCAAAAUUCUCGAGCUCGGAGCCGAGAACAUCCUGUGUGUGCAUUCCACGACGUCCUGCUUUGCGCCUCGAGUGCCUGACCGGUUGGAGGAGCUCGCCAAACUAUGUGCCAAAUUGAACAUUCCUCACAUAGUAAACAAUGCAUACGGAGUGCAGUCAUCCAAGUGCAUGCACUUGAUACAAGAAGGCGCCCGUAUCGGCCGAAUAGACGCCUUCGUCCAAAGCUUGGAUAAGAACUUCAUGGUUCCGGUCGGGGGGGCCAUCAUCGCCGGUUUUGACGAAGCUUUCAUACAGGAGAUUAGCCAGACUUACCCAGGUCGUGCAUCCGCAUCGCCUUCACUUGACCUCCUCAUUACUCUCCUCACGCUAGGAGCUCGCGGCUAUAAGAAACUCCUGUCGGACAGGAAGGAGGUUUACGCGAUCUUGGCCGAGGAACUGAAGAAACUGGCGUCGGCGCACGGGGAGCGUUUGCUCGUCACUCCUCAUAAUCCCAUUUCACUUGCCAUGUCGCUGGACGGGCUCCAGGCCGGCUGUGACAAGGCGGUGACUCAACUGGGCGCGAUGCUGUUCACGCGACAAGUUUCCGGAGCCAGGGUCAUACCGCUGGAUAAGGAGCAGACCAUUGGCGGACACACAUUCCGUGGGUUUAUGUCGCACUCCGAGGCUUACCCGUGCCCUUACCUCAAUGCGGCCGCCGCUGUGGGUAUCACCCGUGAAGAUGUAGCACUGUGCAUCAAGAGGCUGGACAAGUGUCUGAAGACUCUGCAGAAGGAGGCCAAGCUUGCAAACUCAUGGUGA